AUGGCUCCCGGAGAGAAGAUCAAAGCCAAAAUCAAGAAGAAUCUGCCAGUGCGAGGCCCUCAGGCUCCUACCAUCAAAGACCUGAUGCAUUGGUACUGCAUGAACACCAACACCCAUGGCUGUCGCCGCAUCGUGGUGUCGCGUGGCCGCCUGCGGCGCCUCCUCUGGAUCGGGUUCACGCUCACAGCCGUGGCCCUCAUACUCUGGCAGUGUGCACUUCUUGUUUUCUCCUUCUACACCGUCUCUGUCUCCAUCAAAGUCCACUUCCAGAAGCUGGAUUUUCCUGCUGUCACCAUCUGCAACAUCAACCCCUACAAGUACAGUGCUGUGCGGGACCUUCUGGCCGACUUGGAGCAGGAGACCAGAAGGACCCUGAUGUCCCUGUAUGGCUUUUCAGAAGUUAAGCCCCGCAAGCACAGGGAGGCAGGGUCCUGGAGCUCAACCUGGGAAAAUGUCCCACCUAAAUUCCACAACCUGGUCCCACUGCUGGUCUUCAGUGAGAACGAGAAGGACCAGGCCAGAGACUUCGUCACCGGCCGGAAGCGGAAAAUCAGCGGGAACAUCAUUCACAAGGCUUCCAAUGUCAUACACGUCCACGAGUCCAAGCUGGUGGGGUUCCAGCUGUGUUCCAAUGACACCUCCGAUUGUGCCACCUACACCUUCAGCUCAGGGAUAAACGCUAUCCAGGAGUGGUACAAGCUGCACUACAUGAACAUCAUGGCGCAGGUUCCUUUGGAGAAAAAAAUCAACAUGAGCUACUCUGCAGAGGAGCUGCUGCUCACCUGCUUCUUCGAUGGGAUGUCCUGUGACGCCAGGAACUUCACACUUUUCCACCAUCCCAUGUAUGGGAAUUGCUACACGUUCAACAACAGGGAAAACGCCACCAUCCUCAGCACGUCCAUGGGAGGCAGUGAGCACGGGCUGCAAGUCAUCCUGUACGUAAAUGAAGAAGAGUACAACCCCUUCCUGGUGUCGUCCACGGGGGCGAUGCUUGUCCACCGGCAGAAUGAGUACCCGUUCAUUGAGGACGUGGGCACAGAGAUUGAGACAGCCAUGUCCACCUCCAUAGGGAUGCACCUGACGGAGUCCUUCAAGCUGAGUGAGCCUUACAGCCAGUGCACAGAGGACGGGAGGGAUGUGCCAAUGAAUAACAUUUACAAGGCUGCCUACUCCCUCCAGAUAUGUCUUUACUCGUGCUUCCAGAUGAAGAUGGUGGAGAAGUGUGGGUGUGCCCAGUACAGCCAGCCUCUACCCCCAGCAGCCAACUAUUGCAAUUACCAACAGCACCCCAACUGGAUGUACUGCUACUACCAGCUGUACCAGGCCUUUAUCCAAGAAGAGCUGGGCUGCCAGUCAGUGUGCAAGGAAACAUGCAGCUUUAAGGAAUGGGCACUGACCACCAGCCUGGCACGCUGGCCAUCUGAGGUUUCGGAGAAAUGGUUGCUGUCUGUUCUCACCUGGGACCAAGGCCAACAGAUAAACAAAAAGCUCAACAAGACUGACCUGGCCAAACUCUUGAUAUUCUACAAAGACCUGAACCAGAGAUCCAUCGUGGAGAGCCCGGCCAACAGUAUCGAGAUGCUUCUGUCCAACUUUGGGGGCCAGCUGGGCCUUUGGAUGAGCUGCUCUGUCGUUUGUGUCAUAGAGAUCAUUGAAGUCUUCUUCAUUGACUUCUUCUCUAUCAUUGCCCGCCGCCAGUGGCAGAAAGCCAAGGAGUGGUGGGCCCGGAAGCAGGACCCCUCUUGCCCUGAGGCUUCCUCCAGCCAGCAGGGCCAGGACAAUCCUGCACUCAGUAUAGACGACGACUUGCCCACGUUCACCUCCGCUAUGCGCCUGCCUCCAGCCCCAGAGCCCCAGGUGCCUGGCACGCCACCCCCCAGAUACAAUACCUUGCGCUUAGAGAGAACCUUCUCCCAGCAGCUCACAGACACCCAGCUACCCACUGAGUCCUGA